AUGGGGAAGUCGUGGCCUAAUGGGGUUUCUAGUGCUGGUUGGGCUGUGAGUUACAGACAUUCACACAUCUGUGCACUAAAGAACUCAUCAGUGACAAUGAGCUGCACUUAUACAUACCCUACUGGAUAUAAGAUCAUGAAAGUGUUCUGGACCAAAAACCCUGUAAAGGGUGAAGAGUCUCCAGAUCUGUCUGAGGAUCCUGAAUACAGUCAGAGGCUUCAGUAUCUGGGAGACAAACAGCAGAACUGCACCAUCAGACUGAGUCAUGUGACACAGAAGGAUGAACACAAGUACUGUUUCAGAUUCAUCACUGAUAAACCUGAUGGCAAAUGGAUUGGUUAUCCGGGAGUGAAUCUUACUGUCACAGAUCUUCAGGUGGAGGCUCCUGAGAGAGUGACAGAGGGUCAUAAUGUCAGUCUGACAUGUAAAAGCAGCUGCACUCUGACUGACAGAGCAACAUUCAUCUGGUACAGAAACUCACAGCCAUUAACUGAGAGAAGAGACAGAAACAAUCAACUCCUGCUGCAGUCAGUCAGAAGAGAGGAUGCAGGCAGAUACAGCUGUGCUCUACAUGGACACAGUUACAUCUCUCCUGCUGCUCAUCUCAAUGUCACCUAUCCUCCAAAGGGGGCUUUUGUAGCAGUGAGUCCAUCUGGUGUAAUAGUGGAGGGAGAUUCAGUGACUCUGAGCUGCAGCAGUGAUUCAAACCCUCCUGCAGAAAUCAGCUGGUUUAAAGGAGGAACGUUUGUAGGAUCUGGAAGAAUCUACAACAUCUCAAAGAUCAGCUCUGAUCACAGUGAACAAUACAAGUGCAGAUCCAUCAAUAAACAUGGAGAGAAAGACUCUGAUGCUGUAACUUUAAAUGUUGUGUAUCCUCCCAGGAAUGUCUCAGUGUCUAUAACUGGAUCUGGUGUAAUAGUGGAGGGAGAUUCAGUGACUCUGAGCUGCAGCAGUGAUUCAAACCCUCCUGCUCUGAUCUUCAGCUGGUUUAAGGAGAAUCAAAGCUCAGCUGUUGGAUCUGGACAGAGUUUCAGUGCACUACAGAGUGGACGCUUCUACUGUGAGGCUCACAAUCAACAUGGAUCUCAGAGAUCAGACGCUGUUACUGUCAUUGUUAAAGGUCGUCUGGUGAUUUUGUACAUAUCUGCUGGAGUGGUUUGUGGAGCUGCAGUUAUCAUAACGAUAUUGCUGAUUUGGUAAGAUGUGUG